AUGGUGGAAAACCUUUAUCAAAAUACUGUCUUAGGAAAGGUUGCAAUAAGAAUUUUAAGUGUGCCCUCAACAUCUGCCUCAGUGGAUAGAUCCGUCUCCACGUUCUCAUUUGUACAUGAUAAGAAGCGACAUAAACUUAAGACUAACAGAGCAGGAAGACUAUGCUACAUUGCCCAUAACUGGAAAGUUAUGCACAGAAGAAAGGCACCAGGUAUCAAUGAGUCAACCAAAAUCACAACGGGUAAUAAUACUGAGACAACGUCACAACAACAGCAAGCAAAAAUACAAAGUCUCCAGUCAUCGCCAAGAACCUUAGAAUACGCUAGUAUAAUGCGAACUGUUGACAAUGAUAACACUUCUACUACAUCGCCUUCAUCAUGCUCCUAUACAUCAGGGUCGGAAUCGAAAGCAGGAUCUGAGAUUUAGUUUCCCGGUUCAAGAUCACCAUGCACGAGCACGAAUUACACGUUAUCUCAUAAUCCCAUAAUUUUAAGGUUUAAGAUAAGUUUUGUAAUAAUGAGAGGAGCUCGUUUUUAGUUUAAUAUUUUAUUUUUGUUGAUUUGUAUCUUAU